AUGUCGACAUCUUCAUCGUCGCGAACCUUGAGCUUGCACGAGCGCUAUGCAUCAGCUCGCCGAUGCGUCAACUCGGCCUCGGUCGUGUGUGUCGCCGCCAUCUUGCAGCUCGAUCCUGCUCAGCAAGAGGACACGAUACAGUCGUUCGACGCUUUGCGCAGGCAUCUGACACAACGCAUCGAUCAUGUCUUGGAGCAGUUCCCUCUCUUGGGAUACUGCGUGCAAGCUUCGCGUUCCAAAACGCCUCGUUGGGCACCUGUCGUUCCAGCACCCACCUCGAAGGAUAUCCUGCAUGUCGGGACACCUAUGUUCCAGCAAGGCACCAAGUCGGAUACGAGUGCACUGCUGUCCAAGGCCAUCUUGGAGGAGCAACUUGCUUUGCCCAAGACUACGCAGUUGGAGAAAGGUCCGCUUUGGAGGGUGCAGCUCGUCCCUAUCCGAACCGAGCAGGGUGAUACGUCGUCUUGUUUGUUGGUGCUGGCCACCGACCAUGUCAUCAACGACGGGCGUGGCACGCUCAACCUCUUCCAGCUGCUACUGCAAUCAUCGCCAUCCUCACCAUCCCACCCACCCACCGCUAUCGCCAUCCCACCGGCCUCUGAUAAGAUCUUCAGCUUCCACCCAUCCGCCUCCUACCUUUUGGGCGAAGUGUGGCGCGAGCUCAUCCUGCCCAAACUGCCGUUCCCUAAGAAGCUCAAAGCCAAGCUCAAAGGUCCCGAGUCCUGGCCCGCCUCUUCUCCUUCUCUCGCUAGAAAACGCCGUCACUCGGAUUUGGAGCAGCCCGAAGUAGUUCGAACGCCCAAAGAGUGCAAACCGGAUCUCGAGCUGGUCCUCGUCUCAUCGCCUCGUCUCAUCAGCAACAUCAAAGCGCUCUCUAAAGCUCACCUUCACCCGAAGUCUCGCAAACCAGCAACGAUCCACUCGAUCAUCCACACUCUCUCCCUCGUAGCCCUGUACGCGGCCAUCUCUCGAUCCCACUCAUCCGAUGUCUCGCAGUUCAAGCUGAACCUCGGCUCGGCAACACCCAUUUCGCUCCGAGAAGAAGAAUCACCUUCCCGCAAGCGUUCCAAGAAAUCUCCGCAUCAACCACUUCCCGUCACUUCCGGCAACUAUGUCUCCUCCUUUGCCUCGACGUAUCGUCUUUCCGCCCGCGAAACUUUCUGGACUUUCACCCAUCGUUUUUCCACCUCACUUUCAUCCCCUCGGGGUCAACGAUUGGCGAAACAGCACAUGGGGUUGCUCGCCUACAUCCCCGACUUCGAGACCAAACCGCGGGAAGAAGAGGAUCAAGUCGAAUCGGCCCUGGGAGGUGUCAGUGAAUGGGAUGGAAAAUAUCGCAAUGGAUGGGAAAAGUUUUUCGGCGAUCGUGCUAGCAGUUCUGCUCCGUUCGAUUCCGCUCUGACGGAGAAUUUGAGCAUCGCUCUUUCUACUAGACCUGACGCUUUCGCCGAUAACCAGCUCUUCCAGCGAUUCAAACGAUACCUUCGACGUCUCGUAUUGGACUUUGCUGCCGAAAACGUGACGGUGGAGAAAGUCAAGUCCUCACAGGAAAGUCACCAAGAGAAGAAGCGGAUCAAGUUGGACCUCACCCAGGACAUCACCUUCGCAACCCUCGUAACAUACCUCAUCGCUUCAGAGUAA